UUUUCUUCUCGUAACACUUUAUUUACCACCGCUCGAUCGUGAAAAGUUUGAGAAAACUAGUCUCAAAACGCUUUCUGGUCACAAAGAAAACACAGUUCUAUUAAUUUACCAUUUCGUCACUUACCGUGUGCUUAUGUGUACCUGGCUCGAGAACUUCUGUAAUGCAAUGGACUUGUUUAUCUAGUGGGGGAACUAAUUGUGGGGGAAUUCCUGUUUGAAUGACGCCGAAUAGCAGUGCGUCAAGAAAUCUUCAUCUAUCAACUACGACGAACUAAAAUUCGCUCCCAGAUAUGCUGGACGAGAAGACAGCAAAGGCGGUUGUUUACCGCGGUAAAUGGAAGCUGGUCGUUCUUUGGCUAGUCGUUGCGGUACUCGGACCGUCUACGAUAGUUUCCAGUCGUAUCGUUGGCGAAAACCAUGCCGGUUCCAAUGUGUUGUAUACUGAAACUGAUUCGCAACUUUCUCACGCGUUGGAUCACACGACGCCCUUAUCGGCGGUAGGGGAAAUAUUUUCGCCACCAACUGCACUGGAAGGUGGUACUGCUGCUGCUGCGAGUGCGAUCAACGGAUCAGUGUUGGCAAAUUUACCGGUGCUUCUAACGGAUUCGGCCACAAAUGCGAGCCGUACAAAGGGUAUAAAUUCGUCGACCCAUGAGACUGUUAACGGCAUGCCCAGUGCGCUGAAAGAGGCCAGCUCAGUGGAUGAGCAAGUUAUUGGCCAAGUAGCCAACAGUAGCAUCAGUACUUCCACCGUACCUUCUACGACGUCAACCGUAUCCUCAACCACAACCGUCGCUAGUACUAGCACGACCACGACAACGACCAUCGCCACCACUCCCGCGCAUGUCGGGGCACAACCGGUUGCACCCACUACUAGCACGCCCCCGGCGGUUCCGGCUCCGAUGCCGGUGAUCGAGUGCUACUACGCACCGCCCGAGCUAUGUGCGGAACGUCGGGGGGACUGCGAAUGCAACAUUGAUCCGGCGGUACCGGGGGCGCUCUACUGUUGCAAUGUGACCGACAUCAACAAAGCAAUUGGGUGUGUUGCAUCGGAAAUGUCCAACUGGAAGUAUCUGCACAUUCGCAACGUAACGAUGCGCGAGCUGGCGCUAAACGUCUCGAAUCGAUACAUCAAAACCCUUCUCUCACUGUCGAUUACUGAUGGGGCGAUACAGCGUAUCAGUAAUUCAUUUGCGCGCUUCUCCUCGCCAGUGUGUUUGAACGUUUCGAACAACAACAUCAGCGAGAUCGAGCAGCGUGCCUUUCGUGAGCUGCGCAGCCUCACGAUGUUGGAUCUUUCGUACAACAAUUUGUCCACGAUACCGUUAACUAGUGGGCUACAGAAGUUCCGGCUGGAUAUACGUGGUAAUGUUGGUAUGCUGUGCAAAUCGCUCUUGGAAUCCCUCAAAGGGGGUGUCAAGUUUAAGGACCCGGAAUCGACGUUUUGUCUGACGAAUCGCACGUUCAACUGGUUCAACUCUACCGACAGCUUGCCGCUGCAUCAGCUCGAAAUGAUACAGCGCGUGCAGGACGAGUGUCCGGAAAAGUGCACCUGCGAGUUGGAUCGGCUUAACUUUGACCUAAACAACACCGAGCGGAAGACGAUUACCACACGCGUUGCCUGCACUGGUCUCGGGCUAACAAAGUUUCCCGAUCGGCUGCCGGCCGGCACGGUGACUUUGAAUAUCUCGAACAAUAAUAUAACCAGCUUGGAGGCGUUGAACCACCCGCCGUACCAAUCGUUGCUGCGGCUGCACGCGGACGACAACCAAAUUAGCUCGUUGAGCGAGCUCGAAGGGAUGGACUUCGUCUCGCGGUUCACGCUUUUUUCAAUCCGCCGCAACAAGCUGAAGACGGUCCAGUCGUACAUCUUCGCCAAGUCGCUCGAUCUCGGCUCGUACAUUUUCCUCGAGGGCAACCCUAUGUCGUGCGACUGCAACGCGGCCAAGGGCUUCAAGAACUGGCUGCUCAGCCGGAAGGCACAGGUGCCCGACCAUGAGUAUAUCUUUUGCGAGGGCAACACCAAUCUGCCCCAGCUGGUGACGAUACAGGAGAGCAAGCUGUGCCAAUCGCAGCACGACUGGACCGACUACAUCUACUAUCUGAUCGCGACGGAGGUGCUGCUGCUCAUAGCGCUCGUCUGUAAGGUGUCCUACGAUUAUUGGGUGUUCAAGUCGGCCGGCUAUCUGCCGUGGCCGGCGAACAAGAUGCCGAAGCUUCCGUGCGAUUGCCUGUGUGAGUAGAGUAUCCCGUUCAUAUUACCGGCCGAGGGGCCAUUCUCCGUUUGAAGUUCACGCAACACUAUUUGAAAUUGCCCCACGGUGGAAGAAAAUGCUGAAAGCAGCCACAAACUAACGAUACAGAGUGUCGACUGUGAUAAAAUAGCUUUCUCGUGCUCGGAUUAGUGAUGAGAAUAACGAUGCAGGAAAGUGAGUCAAUUCAAAGUGAGUGAGUAGGAAUGGAGAGUCAAGUCCUUAAGUCGUUCAGAAUAAUUAGGCACAAUCAGAACGAUUCAAUUCUUUUUCCUGUUGAAUGAAUUUUUACGAUGUUUAACGUGCAUAGAUUCAGCGUUCAAAAAAAGGGGUCUUCCCUCCCCUAUCGACCACUCUUUGGGCUACAAUGAGCCCUAAAUCAUUCUUUUAGA